AUGGCCGAGCCUCAAGAUCCAACGCCCUCCAGCUCCACAGACGCCAACGCCGUCGCCCCGUCGACAGUCACCAUCCGCGCGCCGUCCAAGUACGUCGCCACGCCGCCCCGGGAGGCCGAGGGGGAGGACGACGACUCCGCCUCCGCCGCCGCCGCCGCCGCCCCGCCCCUCGACUGGCUGCACCGCACCUGGACCGUCACGCACUCGACGCUGGGCAUGUGGCGCUCGGCCCAGAACGUCCGCAUCACCUACUCGCCCCUGAGCCCCGUGCGCGGCGGGCCGGGCGGCCAGUCCACGCCGCGCCUCGGCGACCUCGUCGAGUACGAGUCCAACCGGCCCGGCAGGAAGCCCGCCGGCGUCAAGACGGUCGAGGGCGUCGACACGGCGAGCGGGCCGCGGGCCCACGCGGGCGCCUGGGACUGGCGGGGCAGGCGCUGGCUGCGCUUCGUGCACAGCCACUGGGAGGUGCUGGGCUGGGGCCGCCGGCCGCUGCGGCGGGAGGGCGCCGAGGGGGCGGGCGCCGAGGCUGAAGGGGAGGAGGAGGAGCUCUGGGUUGUGACGUGGUUCGCGCCCACGCUCUUCACCAAGGAAGGGGUCGACUUCUACUCGAGCCGGAGGGAGGGGCUGAGCGAGGCGACGGCGGCCGAGAUCCGCCAGGCGCUCGAGGCCGGGCCUAAGCCGCUGGCGGAUAUGGUCAAGGCGGAUCUCAGGCCCGUAGACAUCAAGCUCCCUUGGCAGCAGAGGUGA